GACACUCGUUGCGGGGGGACGGCGCAGACAUUCGAUAAUUAUGUGGGAGUCUGUAGCCAGUAUCUGUGGUUCUCUCUAGAAGAAAAAAAGGGAUGAAAGCUACUACCUCUUGUGAAUGCUGCCUAUGAGAAAAACUGCAACCAGCAUCUUUCGCAUUUUAAACCCCGAUCACCCCCCUUUCUCUUUUUAUGUGUCUCUCGCAUUGUCCUUGGUUUGUAGGCUUGUUUUUAUAUUUAGAGCAUCGUUUUUUUCUUCGGAGGUGUACUACACAUUUACUUGUUCUACAUCGAUCGAUGGAUCUUUCAUAGUUCUUAUAUCGAGUAGAAAGUGUUUCUUUGUAUCAAUCUCGUCCUAUUGAAUUCCAACUUUGAUACUCUUCACUGUUUAACGCCAUUUAUUUUUAUGGAGCAUAAGGAAAAAUGAAACGCGCAGGAGCUGGCUCCUCGUCCUCGCCAGGGGCGAAGCGGUUGAAGCAGAGUGUAACGAAAGAUGGGAAGGGUGUAACACGUGGAUUUGCGGACGCGUUGAGGACUGGAAGUGAAAACUUCCCGAAUCCUGCCAGUCCACCACCAAAAGCACAGACUUAUGUCGAGACCACUGUACUAGGAGAUUUUGUUCUAUGUUUACUACUUAUGUCACUACGGCAGUCUGCACUGAAAACUGUGCGAGAUUAAUUGAAAUUGUAUUGUAUUGUAUGUCUGAAAUCGUCGUUUUAUGAGUAAGUAGUUAGUUUUACUAUUACUAUACGUGCUGGAGGAGCGCCUAGAUUUCCCAUGACAAGGUUAACAAUGUUUGGUUUCGCGCAUUUUCACUUGAUCAUCUUGAAAGUUGAUGAAGCAAUGGUAUAAUAUCCCCCUCUUCACUUAGUCGUGCGCAAGAAAACCCUAUUGUUGGUAUCCCCUCUUCAUACUACUUCUACGACGUCCUCCGCAAGGAAGCCACUUCCCACACGGAACGCGAGUAACGAGCUCAUCUUCGCCGACUACCCUGAUUUCAAGCCAAAUUUGACACCAGGAGAGGUCGUUCUCCUGGGCAGCUUUGGUGGUACCUAUUUUCGCGAUAUUCAUUCCGGCGUGACGAAAACCGUGCUCAAGGGCAAAGAAGUCGCAGGAGAGUUUCCAUUGGCACAGUGGGUUAUGGCACGGAUGGUGGAUUUGACUUUCAUCCGAUGAAUAUCAACAGGUUAAUUUUCCUUCGUCUUAUUUCUCUCAAUUGGUUUAUCUUUAGCACACAGUCAGUGGUAAAAAAUCUUCUUCUUCACGUGCACAUCGUUCUUCUACUUAAGAUGAAAUAUCAUCGCACAGACAUGAUCCUCUUCUAACAUCGGCUGGAAGACAGGCACAGCUAUCAAGUUGCCACCGGGAGUUGGAACGGCGCCAGGCAAGCACAAGUUCACGACAUUCGAUGCAGAAAGCAUGCUGCAUAGUGAAACGUAUCGAACAGGCAUGAACAAAUUCGGUGUCAAGUGUGGAGCGAGCUUGUAUUAUGGUGAUGUCAGAAUUUAUUAUAUUUUUUGUUGCAUUAAUAUCAUGUAAAAUGUAUUUAUCGUGGCUAGCAAAAUUAUCCGAGGCACUUUGCCGAGUGAGUAAAUUGAAACUAGUACUCACCAUCUAUCAGCCUGAGUGAGGUAUUCGCAUCUUCUAGUAGGUGGUCGCACACGUGGCUAGGAAGUAAGUAUAUCUAAGUAGCCACAUGAGAUUGGCUAUUUAGUACAACUAAAAAGUAGCUACAUGAGAAUGAGAUGAAGCACAAACUUCUAAUUCCGCUUAUGGGAAGGCCACGGCUGGAUAAACGAAGCAGAUCCCUACGGUUGGUUCCAUUGGUAUUGCAGAUUCUAUCUUUAUGAAGGAGGUAUAAUAAUUCUGUACUUGUUAACUAAGUACUUCUGAUUCUUACUAUUCAAGAUGCCUUCCAGUUCCAUCUUCGAGGAAAAGUCAAUCACUCCUUCCCAACAGGCUGUCGAUGAGAUUGAUACAUUUACCCAGUCAACUUCACCUCCUCCUCCUCCUUCAUUUACCCGGUCGCCGUUGUUCCGAUGACAAGAGGCAGGUGCAACGAUGGUUGAAUUCGGCUGGACCCAAAGGACGGUUUAAGAAUCAACUCCUCAACAUGUGCGCGAAACAGGGCAAAGCCAAAACAGACAUUACUGUGUCCCCAGUGAUCCGACAAACACUACAACAUUGGGCUCUGGAAGUCAAAUAAUGCUAGAGGUUACUAGUAGUUGUAAAUAAAAGCAUUUUAGCUUGAUCAUGGAGACAACAUAUCGCAGUAUUGUGGACAGUACUCCUGGUGCCUUGAAAUUCGAGAUCGAGGUGGAUGAAGAAUUAUGAUAACUAAGACGACCGUGGUCAGGACACCGUAUCGAUAUGAUUCGUUCAUAGAACUUCGGCGCCGACAGUAAAAGAACGAAAUAUCUCUAUAGGUACUUUUAUAUCGCCUGAAGCUUAUGAUCGCUGUCGUUACAAUACGAGCUUGUGUCAACCACAUCCUCCGUUUUCGUGUUGUUGCUAUCGUGUGCAGCAGUGUGAAGACUUCACAAACACUGGAACGGAAACUUAAUCUUUCUUGUGGAAGAAUUCAACUUUCAACUGACAAACGAACU